UGUAGUGAAAUUUUCCAGUGCUGCGAUGCAAUAGGAUAGUGUGCAACAGAGCCAGCAUAGCCUCGUCGACCUGUCUUCCCUCCACCGACACCUCCAGAACCUCUGAACGGCAGUUCAUGAUGAUCUGCUUCCCCACAGUGGCAGGUUGAAUAUAUGGGGAAACUAGCAAGCUAUUGAAACACACCCUUCAAUUGUUGUUUACGUUCCAUAAAACAGGGCUAAACAUCAAAAUGAGCUAGCUAGCGGACGUUAGAUGCUACUGCUAGAUAGCUAUUGUGAGUAGUUAGCUAUAACGCGCAGCAAACGUUAUUUCCCUCGAGCAAGUUCGAUGGUUAUCAAGAGAAGGCGCAACUUUCAGAUUCACUUGAUGAAUAUAGCAACAUAUGUUGUUGCUUGCUAGCUAUGUUCUUUAAAUGUAUUUAUUCAUAAUAACUUGCUGACACAAAGUGUAAUGUCGUCGUUCUUACUAGAGAGGAGGAGCCAUUUCUGUAAACACAACACUGGAAAAUCUACGGAAUGUAGUUUGGUCCAAUCCGAGCCUUGUAUCUCUGCAACGUAACAUAACGUGUAUCGAUAAUAGCUAUGUAAUUGCAGUUAUUUCCGCAUCAGAAAGCUGAUUUUCUUAUAUAACAAAAUGUAUUUGAAGAUAUAAUUGAUAGUUUCAAAAGACCCACUUGAGGUUAAAACAGGGCGCACUUGGGGUGCUUUAAGAUAUCGCUAUGCACUCUGGGAAUAACAGUUCAAGUCACAUAUAUCGCAUUGGCAAGUUUUCGAUUUCGGUCAUCGUUGGUGUCGGAGAUGCUCUGCAAGUUUGAGAUGAGGCUUUAUAAGAACUUCACGAAAUUAUCAUUCCCCCCCCGUCGUUUAAAGCUAGCCACAUAUUACUUUUACUUUGUUUUACACCAUGGACGCCAGAAAUGAUUCAUGAACAUUACAUUUUGGAAUACGUGUUACUGGGUAGCAGCUAGCUAACUUGCUUGCUAGCUACCUACUGCAAUUUACUAGAAUAACGUUACACGUUAGCUAGCAAUCGAAUGAAAGAAAGGUCUGAAGUUAGCUAACUUACUGUUGUUGGCUAGCUAGUCAAAGACAGACAUUUGAUACAAUGUUGUUCAGCUAGAGCUGUGGAACUUACUUAGAAGCUUGGUAAAACGUAACGUUACUCAGAAUAACACUCACGUUAUUUUAGCUAGCUAACGUUACUUGCAAUAAAGGAAACAAUGUAUUUUACUUGCUUGUUUUUAGCUACCUAGCUAGCAUUCUUCUGACUGCAGUUUUCAAACCAGAUAGAUAGCAAGAUUAACGUUACAUCCUUGAGAAGUCUGUCGCCAGCCAAGUUACUCGUCUUGGGUAUUUUAUUUUCGUUUAAAGUUGCUCCUCAAUCAGGAGCCAGGAUAUUAUUGACAAGAGGCUGACAUUAGCUUGCAUACUGGUUCAGUGGUUGAACUUGUGGUAGCAAGACUAGCUCCCAUUGCUAUAAUAGCUGGAUCUAGUCCUCCGUUAGCUAGCUGUCUUGAAUGACAGGGACUUUCUUGCAAAGAUCAUCAGACCAUGUUUUUGUACUGGUCUUACUUUUAAGGGGGCGUUGUUAUUAGCUAAAUACAUAGCUAGCUAACCAAGUAAAUUGCUGAGGAUGCCUGGCUCAGAAAUUCAUCUUCCAAAUGCUGAUUUGGGAGAAUUGGACUCAGAAAGUCUCCCUUCAAAUUCCGGUUUGGGAGACUUGCCAUGGCUUUGCAUGGUUACACUGUUCAUUGCCUCCAUCAUUACAUUGAUACUGUAUCUAGUACAGUAUUUUUACAGCGAUCUACGGAUACAGAUGCCUGAGCAAAACAAUGCUGGUUUGGGGGAAGCGGACGUUCUGUUGGGAUGGGCGCUUUCACUGAACAGUUGGAAAAGUCAAUGGAGAGGGGCUUGGUGCAGAGCUUUGAAUGAUGAAUCGACGAAGUCUGGGUGCCCAGUGCAACUAAUAUUAGAAGAAGACGGCCUCGAGUCAUCAGAACUGGUGGUUGGCCAAGUGUCCAGCUUCAAGAAGUCUGCUAGUCAGAAGAGUUACCAGGUGUCUUGAAAGCACCAUAAGGAGACGAGGGAACCAAUGACAAGGAGGGUCAAGCAGGGAGAAAUGGGCAGUACCUGCCUUUAAUGAGAUGCUUCAUGUUUGAGCUUUCAAGUUGAUUGUUGUCACACUCUGAAAAAAGCAACACACAUUGUUACCAUUAAGAAAAAACUACAGGUUAACCAAUUGUAAUGUGAGCCACGUAUGCAGUUUGCAAGAAUACCAUAAUCAUAGUUAGGCAUGUUUAGCACCAAGCACCUUUUUACCUCAAAUACAUUUUUGAGUGUUCCCUCGCUUAUUGUAUGGUACUAUUGUAACUAUUUGCUGUCUUGUCUUCUCCUAGGCUGCACGAUGCAAGGUGGUCGGGGACAAGCUUCAGUUCUCCCUCAGUGCUUCACCAUCAGCCAUGUCUCCAGGAGAGCCCUGUAGGUACAGCGUAACGAUAUCUCCACUUGAACUGCAGUUGGACUUGCAGAUGAGGGAGGCUGAAGGGCAGGUCCAGGUGGUCUGGGGGGUGUGCCAUCUUGAGACUUGGGACCUGCAGCUCAGCCCCAGCUUCACACAGGACCAUGCCACAGGCCCCAGUGUGUUUGCAGUAAAGGACAGGCUGAGACAGCUGCUGUGUGCGGUGCGUCCCUCCGUUAUGCUGAGUUGCAGGCCUGCUCAUGCCACAGAGGUCAAGGAGGCACGUAACAAGGUGACAUCACCGCCCAAGCCCCCCCGCGCUCACGACUGGAAGCUGCUGGUAAAGAAUAUCCGGGUGACGUGUAAGGAGCAAGAGGACGGUGCUGCAGGCAGUCUGAAUCCCCUGUGUGUGCUGCAGCUAGAUGACCCUCCACAGAAACUCUCCACUUCAGUUCUACAGAACACAGCCAGCCCAGCCUGGGACCAGCCCUUUAUCUUUGAGCUGAAUGGACGAUCAAAAGAGCUGAAAAUUCAGCUGCUGGAUGAUGGGAAACCUCAGGAGAACUCCUUACUGGGUCAAGUGUCUGUGCCUUUUGAUCUGGUGAAGAAGCAGCCCAAAGGACAGCUAACAUUUACACUCAUGACCAAAGAUCAAGUGACAGGGUCACUUACUACUGAGUUGACAUACCUGAAACCCAGUGAGGUGCGGUCGUGGCAGUCCCCUACUCCAGCCCCCACUAAGAGAGUGGAGAUGGACCGCACGGUCAUGCCCUGCGGUACUGUGGUCACGACAAUCACUGCAGUGAAGAGUAAACCAGGUCGACCACUACUGCCUGGACUAAAUAUAACCCAGCAGAACCCCUCCAAUCCUCCCAGCGGCACCAAGUCCAAGGUGUCAGGACGGAGGGUGUCGGCGCAGCCGUCCGUGCUGGGGAUCAUGGGGAGCAAGGCCUUGUCCUCCUCCGACACAGAGCUACUCAUGCUCAACGGGACCGACCCCGUGGCUGAGGCUGCCAUCCGCCAGCUCCACGAGUCCGCCAAGCAGAAGCUCAAGUCCCCGGUCAAGAAGAGCACCAUCAUCAUCUCAGGAGUGACCAAGACUCCUCUGUCUCAGGAUGAUGAGAUGGCUCUGAUGGCGGGCUAUGCUGCUGCGAUGGAUGCCUCUAUGUCGGAGGGGGGAUCUCAGGAGAUCGCUGUGGCAACUGCAUCAGUAGUAAAAGCCAGUAGCAAACCCCCGGAGGUGUCGUCAGACCCCCAGGAGGGCCCCAGUGGAGUGGCCCAGCAGGCCCCAGAGGACUGGGAGUGCCAAGCAGGAGAGGGCACAGACCAAGAUCCAGACAAAACCUCCAUGUCACUAUGCAUCUCAGAGUCUGGAUCCAAAAAGAGCAGAGGAGGCAGCUUCCUGCACAGGAGUGCCAAGCUGUUCUUCCGCCGGCGCCGCCAGUGCAAAGACCCGGGGAUGAGCCAGUCGCACAACGACCUGGUGUACUUGGAGCAGCCUGUGACGGUAGACCAGGAGAAACGCACGUCCACCUUCAGCCGGAUGCUGAACCGCAAGCUGCUGCCCACGAGCAAGAGCACAGCCAACGGCUCCACCGCCACCCAAACAGUGACACCCGCUCCUACCCCGGGGGAGCAGCAUGCAGCAUGACCCCCCCCCCCUUCAGAUAGGACUCCAACACCCUCUCCUUCCCCUCUAGGCCUCCAGCCCCCCUCUCCUUCCCCUCUAAUAGUUCUCCAGCUCCCCACUCCACCACCCUCUCCUUCCCCUCCAAUAGUUCCCCACCCCCCCACUCUACCACCCUCUGAUAGUCCUCCACCCCCCCACUCCACCACCCUCUCCUUCCCCUCCGAUAGUUCCCCACUCUACCACCCUCUGAUAGUCUUCCAGCCCCCCACUCCACCACCUCUCUCCUUCCACUCUGAUAGUCCUCCACCCCGCCACUCCACCACCCUCUCCUUCCCCUCCGAUAGUCCUCCACCACCCUCUCCUUCCCCUCCGAUAGUCCUCCACCACCCUCUUCUUCCCCUCCGAUAGUACUCCACCACCCUCUCCUUCCCCUCCGAUAGUCCUCCACCACCCUCUCCUUCCCCUCCGAUAGUACUCCACCACCCUCUUCUUCCCCUCCGAUAGUUCUCCACUCCCCACUCCGCCACCCUCUCCUUCCCCUCCGAUAGUACUCCACCACCCUCUUCUUCCCCUCCGAUAGUUCUCCACUCCACCACGCUCUCCUUCCCCUCCGAUAGUUCUCCACUCCCCACUCCGCCACCCUCUCCUUCCCCUCCGAUAGUACUCCACCACCCUCUCCUUCCCCUCCGAUAGUCCUCCACCACCCUCUCCUUCCCCUCCGAUAGUACUCCACCACCCUCUUCUUCCCCUCCGAUAGUUCUCCACUCCCCACUCCGCCACCCUCUCCUUCCCCUCCGAUAGUACUCCACCACCCUCUCCUUCCCCUCCGAUAGUCCUCCACCACCCUCUCCUUCCCCUCCGAUAGUACUCCACCACCCUCUUCUUCCCCUCCGAUAGUUCUCCACUCCCCACUCCGCCACCCUCUCCUUCCCCUCCGAUAGUACUCCACCACCCUCUUCUUCCCCUCCGAUAGUUCUCCACUCCACCACGCUCUCCUUCCCCUCCGAUAGUUCUCCACUCCCCACUCCGCCACCCUCUCCUUCCCCUCAGAUAGUCCUCCAUCCCCCCACGUUGCCUCCACCUCUACCACCUUGCACUGACUGAGAGACUCUACUUCGCGGUCCGUGAAUCCUCCAUUACUGGUUGGAAGGCAGUAUGGAGGUAAAAUAUUAUCUUUAUCUCCCUCCCUUCUGCUCCUCCACCAACCUCACUUUUUUUUUGAGCAGAAAUAUUUGAUAUUCUUUUUGGGAAAUGCUAAUUUGAAAUGUUUUUUUUCUUCACCUCCAUGCCAUUUCAUGAUAAUUGUUUUGUAACAUUCUUGAAACAUAUUCUGUAUUUGUGGCCUUCUAAACCAGAAGAAUAACUACUGGUGGCCAACCUGCACCCUCAUCCUAUUAGAGGGUAGUAACACAGAUAGAACAAUGAGACAGAUAUUUCACCGGAUGUAUAAAUGUGAAGCAUCUGGUUGGUGUUUCCACUCAUUACCAAAUAUGGUUAUGAGAGAAAGCCAAGUGGUCGUCAGCGGGAGAAGAUGGAGUGAGAUGGAUUUUGGCCAUCAUUCUGCUAGUUUUCUCAUUGAUUAAACAUUUGAUGUCCAUACAGUUUUCUGCUUCCAUAACUAGAAUUAGUAACAAACCGAGUGGACUGCACUUUGUAGACUUUACCCUUUGCCAAAGUUUUGAAAAUGCCGUUGUUUUGGAGUGCAAAGGCGAAUUGGGUUAUUGCACACGCGCACUUCAGAGUAGGCGUUCCCUAACGGAAAUAUUAAAAUAAAUUCUAUAAAGUGCCAAUAAGAUCUCACUAGCUCGUGCUUGGCUCUGCCCACCUCCUUGUUUGUUCUGCCCAGUAUGAUUAAUUUGCUCCCAUUGGAAACGACAGGCUCUGGUCUAUCUUGGGUUAGUUAAAAAAAUAUUUGGUAGUGAGGUCAACCCUGACCUUUGACCUCUUAAAGGGUCCGAUUGAAAUGUGGCCCAAAGGGACCAAAGAAGGAGAGAAGAGUGGUGUUGACAUGAUUUGCACACAUUGCUAGAUACAUUUUCUAGGUUUUACACUCAAGGUGUGAUUUUUCAGCUUUUUAAGAGCAAUUACUUGAACUGCUCUUGUGAUAGAGAUUAUCUGUAUAAAUAGCAAGCAGUUUGUGUAGGCACUUUGUGAUUGAGAGAGGAGUUUGUGUUGACAAAGGGAGACAGUUUGUUCCUCUGCAAGGCUGAUACUAGUGGGAGAUGAUAAAGCCUAACAUUUUAAUUCAAGACAUCUUAUCAAAAGUAAAUUCACAUACAAACUUCAGAGCUACUGUGAAAAUCUUAUGCCAGACUAAACAUUUCAGACAUCAACAGUUAUGGCAGUUCUGUGUAAAUUAUAUAUUUUGAUGUCAUUGGUUAUCUCAUACAGUUUUGUAAAGUCCAAAAUUACAGUUGGUAAUAAAGAAUUGGGAAUUUCCACCAUAAACACUAUUUCAAAACAGUGCAGUGACAUCAUGGAGAACAUGAAAAUUGCAAUUUUCUGUUUGAUAUUAACAUUUUAAAAUAUUUUUUUGCUUUGUAUUAUCACUUUUCUUUUAAAUAUUGCAGUGUUUUAAAAUGAAGUGCAAUUUGCUCUAGUCUUCCGACCUAAAGAUUCCUUACACUACAACUGCCUGGGGUUGGUGAGGUGGAAAAUGGAACCCCAAUGACAUCAUGCUGAGAGAGGGAACGAACGUGACACUAUCUCAAGGCAUACUUGUUGCAGUGUUCACUAAAAACACAGUGGUCAUUCACUCAUGCGUUUCUGCUGUUUUUUGUUUUAAAAAUGUAAUGUAACAUAUCAGCGCUUUAAACAUUGUCUAAACAGAAAGCAUGAUACAUCUUUGGGAAAUCUGAAUGGUUUGACUGCUUUGGGAUUUUAUCUAGCUAAUGAUUGUACUUUUAUUUAAGCAGGUAAAUUAAAUGAGUUGUUUUAAGAUCAAUUCCCUGCCAACUACUGUUUUUAUUCUCAUUGAAUGAACCUACUGAGAGGACUGCUAUACUCUGAUGGACAUGAUGGCAGUACUCAACAUGGACAUGGUAGUCAGAUGCCCUACUGUUUACAAGGCUUUUGAAGAGACUGGAGAACAGUUCUACCUGUGUAGUGACGACAAACUGUGUGUAUUGGGAUUACCUCUUGGAAAUUGUCGAUUUUUCAGGUAUGACCAGUCUUCGAAUGACUUGGGACUUGCUGUCCCAGGACGGCAGUAGCUGUGCUAUCUAUACCUAUCAUCUGGUGUUUUCGGAGGACUUGAGAAUGUUGCUGAGUGGCAUUAAAAUGAGAUAAAGAGGUGCCAAUUGGAUUUCCCCUCAACAACCCAUAUGAAAACAUAAUCAAUGAGCUGUGUUUUUAUGAUAUGCUUGGAUGUCUGAUUACACUGGGGUAUCUGGUUGCUGAAAAAAAGGGUAUGUCAUUUGUGUUGAUCUUGAACAACAGCAUUAACUAAGUUCUCUGUCUGCUGCAGAUACUGUAUGGGGUAUAUGUGUCCAUAUUUUUUUUUUUACGGCCCUACUGUGAAGUAUGAACGAGUGUCAAACGCCUCAGAUCCUGUAACCGGUCACAUAUUUGAACAGUGGUGGGUCAAAUAUUGACGUAAGCUCCUGGAAGGGUUACCAAUGAGCUGACUGCUCCUUGUUUCAGUAAAUAAGGUCCCUUUUAGAGCCAUCUUGCAGCGAGAGGUGUAUGCCGAAACCCAAAGUCAUCUUUAAACCUUGUUCAAACUUCAGAAAAGAAUGUGGGGUGUUUUAAACAUGCAAACUUGAUUCUAAGCCUAAUUGAUGGCAACUGACAAGUGCAAGAUUAUGCAUUUCAAUAAGCAGUGGGCCUGUAUAUUAUUAAACAGCUUCCUGACAUUUUAUAUUGGCUCUGUGAAAUGUACAGAACCUGGUUGCCUGCUAAUAUUUAAUGGCAGUCAAUGCCAUGCAGGGAUUAUUACUAAUUAUUGACAUAUCAGGUUUAACAUCUUGAGCAAUAAAUAUUAACUGAAUAACCA